AUGAUAGUCGGGGGUGAUGAUAAGGCCUUUCGAAAGCUUGAAUAUUAUUCCCUUGUUUCAAAAGUGUGCACUGAGUUAAACAAUCACUUAGGAUUAGAGGACAAGGCCUUGGGCAUCUUUAAGGAUGCGCUUGCUAAGCACGAUGCAGAGUUUUCGGAUGCGCUGAUUGCUAGCAUUCUACGACUAGUGCAAACGAUGCUCCCUAAUUUUUUAAAGAAAGCUUUGAAAAAGCCUCAAGAUGGGCUAUCUAAGAAGGGGGAAACUUUUGAUGCAGACACCAUAAAAGCUGAUGCAACGACCAGGAAGAAGUUGGUUCCUGCUCUUUGUCUGCCAGAUGAGUCAACAGAACAAAUGAAUCGUAGACUUCGUGACGAUGAAGGUGAAGCUGAUCAUUCAAGUGAAUACUCACAUUCCAAAGAAGGUGGAGAGUGUAAAGUGGAUAGUCCCGAUGUAGAUGCAGCUAAUAUGAUGCGGAAUCUUGAGGCUCUGUUAGGCGAUUGUCGUAAAGAGGCUGAAAGCGCGCAGAGGAAGCUGGGUCAUGCCUCACCAAAGCGAGGGUACGAAAUAAUUAUACGUAACCAUAAAUGCAGUAGUGAUGGUCGAUCUCCCCACCCGUCCACUCGUGGUGACCGUCGGCAUCGAAGUCCACAUCGGCGUUCGCAUCGCGAUUCAAGAUCGCCCCGACGCAAUAAAUCGCCGAGUCAUCGGAGCAAUUGUCGUGACCGAUCUCGUGGACUUGAUCACAGAUCUAGGGAUCGUGAUCGAUCUGGAUCAUUCUCUUCGUCUCGACGCAUUCGUCCCAAACUUAAAUCCGAGCUCCCAGUGGAGCCCAUUGUUGGAAAGGUUUUCCCAGGUCGCGUCACCAGCGUUCUCGCUUUUGGCGCCAUCGUUCAGCUUGAGGGACUUCAGAAGCGAUGGGAGGGCCUAGUUCAUGUCUCACAAUUACGUCGAGAAAGUCGUAUUGGUAGUGUCAGCGAUGUUGUACAGCGUCAUCAAAAGGUUUAUGUCAAAGUGCUAUCUUUUACUGGAACUCGGACUAGUCUGAGUAUGCGCGAUAUCAAUCAGGAAACGGGUGAGGACCUGAAUCCACCUUCAGCCAGCGCGGUUCCGUCUGACAUUAGGUCACGUGACGAGGCCAGCCGACUUGAAGGUAGCAGCGGGAUGAAUGAGGAUGGGGACGACUUUGGUGGACGUAAUCCCGAUAGACCAUUUGAGGAGCCUUCUUCCAUGAUGGGGCUUCGGAGAGACGCUCUUGAGGAUGAUUUCGGCCCGAAGAGGAAGAUUCAACGUAUCAGCUCCCCUGAACGCUGGGAGUUUAAGCAGAUGAUAAGUGCUGGUGUUAUAGAUAAGUCCGAGCUACCUGAGUUUGAUGAAGAGACGGGCCUCUUGCCUAGAGAGGACGAUGAAUCGGAUGAAGAUAUUGAAAUUGAGUUGGUGGAGGAGGAACCGCCUUUCCUCAAGGGUCACGGCCGCCACGCUAUGGAAUUGUCCCCUGUGAGAAUAGUCAAAAACCCAGAUGGUUCACUGCAGCAGGCUGCCAUGAUGCGCCAAGCACUGCAGAAGGAGCGUCGAGAGGAGAAGCAGCAGGAGCGUCAAAAUCAACUUAGCAGCGAACGCGCCACUGCCCACGAGCGCAUGGGCAAGGAGUGGCAAGACCCCAUGGCUGCAACAAUGGGAAGCAAGCCCGUGGCUCAGACUAGUCGCACGGUCGACCAGUUUAAGGAUGUGCCCGAGUGGAAGAAAGCGGUUCACGGUGCAAGCACUCGAACUGGAGCUAUUGGGAAGAAGAUUGUUCGCUCAAUCAUUGAGCAGCGCCAAUCUCUGCCCAUCUAUAAACUCAAGGAUGAACUGUUGAAGGCCAUUGAGGAGAACAAGAUACUCAUUGUGAUUGGUGAGACAGGCAGUGGUAAAACUACACAGAUCACUCAGUACCUUGCGGAGGCCGGCUAUACCACAGCAGGCCGCAUCGGCUGCACCCAACCCAGACGUGUGGCCGCUAUGUCCGUUGCUAAACGGGUAUCUGAAGAGUUUGGCUGUCGGUUGGGUCAGGAAGUCGGUUACACUAUCCGUUUUGAGGACUGCACCACGCCCGAGACGAAGAUAAAGUACAUGACGGAGGGUAUGCUGCUUAGAGAGUGCCUCAUCGACCCCGAUCUCUGCCAGUACUCUGUCCUCAUGUUGGAUGAGGCCCACGAGCGCACCAUUCACACAGACGUGCUCUUCGGUCUCCUCAAGAAGGCCAUUAAGAAACGUGAUGAUUUCAAACUUAUCGUAACCUCAGCCACUUUGGAUUCAGUCAAGUUCUCCCAGUACUUCUUCGAGGCGCCUAUAUUUACGAUUCCCGGUCGGGCCUUCCCCGUCGAGAUCCUUUACAGUCUGGAACCCGAAAGCGACUAUCUCGAUGCCGCACUCAAUACCGUCAUGCAAAUCCAUCUCACCGAGCCCCCAGGCAAUUUAUUCUGCUCGUCAUUUAUUAUCAGUGACAUUUUGGUCUUUCUAACUGGUCAGGAGGAGAUAGACUCGGCUUGUGAAAUCCUAUAUGACCGCAUGAAGGCGCUGGGUCCUGACGUGCCCGAGCUCAUCAUCCUACCGGUGUAUGCGGCGCUGCCCUCGGAGAUGCAGUCUCGCAUAUUCGACCCCGCACCACCAGGCAGUCGGAAGGUGGUCAUCGCUACCAACAUUGCAGAGACCUCUCUCACCAUCGAUGGCAUAUUUUACGUCAUUGACCCCGGCUUCGUCAAACAAAAGGUCUACAGCAGCAAGUCUGGGAUGGAUCAACUUAUCGUCACACCCAUUUCUCAGGCUCAAGCGAAGCAGCGUGCGGGGCGGGCUGGCAGGACGGGGCCGGGUAAGUGCUACCGCCUCUAUACGGAGCGCGCUCAACGUGACGAAAUGCUCUCCACCAACGUGCCGGAAAUCCAGCGCACCAACCUCGCCAGUACUGUGCUUCAGCUAAAGGCCAUGGGCAUCAACGAUCUCCUCUCAUUUGAUUUUAUGGAUCCUCCCCCUCUUCAGACUCUGGUCGCUGCCAUGGUUACUCUUCACGCUCUUUCUGCACUUGAUGAUGAAGGUCUGCUCACUCGUCUCGGACGAAGGAUGGCUGAAUUUCCUCUUGAACCGAUGUUGUCCAAAAUGUUGAUUAUGUCUGUCCAACUUGCCUGUUCUGAGGAGGUUCUUACUAUCGUGUCCAUGCUCUCUGUUCAAAAUGUUUUCUAUCGGCCAAAGGAGAAGACGGAAUUGGCGGACCAGCGCAAGGCUAAAUUUCAUCAACCCGAAGGUGAUCACCUCACCCUACUGGCGGUCUACAAUGCAUGGAAGAAUAACAAGUUCUCAGCGCCCUGGUGUUACGACAAUUUUGUACAGGCCAGAACACUUAAACGGGCACAAGAUGUACGAAAACAACUUCUUGGUAUUAUGGACAGGCAUAAACUUGCUGUGCUUUCGUGCGGAAAGAAGACGGCUCUUGUGCAGAAGGCCAUUCUCUCCGGUUUCUUCCGUAAUGCGGCUAAAAAGGAUCCGCAGGAGGGCUAUCGCACACUCGUGGAUCAGCAAGUGGUCUACAUUCAUCCCUCCUCCUCCCUUUUCAACAGACAACCCGACUGGGUGGUCUACCAUGAAUUGGUGAUGACGACGAAGGAGUACAUGCGCGAGGUCACCACUAUUGAUCCGCGGUGGCUGGUGGAGUUUGCGCCUAAGUUCUUCAAGUUCGGGGAUCCUACCAAACUGUCGAGGGCGAAGAAAUCUAUGCGCAUCGAACCGCUCUACAAUAAACAUGAGGAGAAGGACUCCUGGCGCAUCUCCCGUGUUCCUCGCAAAUUCCACGUCAAAGUCACCUUCUAA